AAGAAAAUCAAAAAGUCAAGUAGAAGGUGUUUUUAGGACGUACAUGCAAUGGACAAAGGAAAUGGAUAAUAUUUUAGCUAUUUCACUGUAUGACUCUUUAUCUCAAGGCCUCAAAACUGAUAAAGAUUGGAAGCCUCAAGCUUACCAAGCAGCUGUGGAUUAUCUUGCGAAAUCAUUGAGCGUUAAUGUAACCAAGGAGCAAGUCAAGAAUAAAGUAAGACAAUGGCGAAAACAUUUCUCUAUUAUUAGUGAAAUCAAAAGCCAUCAAAGUGGGUUUCCAUGGGAUGAAGAAAAGAAGAUGAUUGUUAUAACAGCAGAUAAUAUGUCAGCAUGGAAAGACUAUGUUCAGGAGAAUGGAAAGGCAAAUGUAUAUGCAAAUAGACCUAUAGAAAGGUGGGAUGAUAUUGUUAUGUUGUGUGGGACAGAUAGAGCAACCGGUGAAGGUGCUGAAACAUUUGAAGAUGCUGAUGAAGCAAUGGUGGGAGAGGAUGAAAAUGAUGUAGAGUACCCAAUACCACCUGCUGCCCCACCAACACAGCCUUCCACAUCAUCUACGAUAGAGUCCCAUCAAAAGAAACGGAGGAAAGAUCCAUUGGUUGCUAUUGUUGGUGACAUUGCUUCAUCACUCAAGGAGUACAUGAACUUGAAAAAGAAACCAAGUGGUCAAGAGAUAUAUGAAGUGGUAUCAACAGUUUUGGGUCUUUCUCAACAAGAAAUAUUCAAGGCAGUCCAAUUGUUAUUAAAUGGUGAUCCUGAGCAAUUUUAUUUGCUAAAAUCACUUCCUGAUGACAAGAAAUAUGAUUGGUUGGCUUUCCUUUUAAGUUCAGUUAAAAAUUUCAGCAUUGAUUAUGGCCCACUCUCUGUCCUAUAAGAAUAAGACUUUUCCUUCCACCCAACCACUCGACUGAGGAAGAAGCACUCCCACAAAGCAAGGUAUUUCUUACUCGCAAGAAUGACUUCAGGUCUUCCACCAAAAAACAGAUUGACUUCAGGUCUUUCACCCAAGAAAAAAGAAUGACUUUA